AACCCGGAAGAAGCGUGUUGAUCACUUGACCUGUAGUGGAUUCCUACUGUUUAUAAGUUUUUGUUUUAUGUGCUUGUCGUUUUCCUCUUGAUACACAUAUUCGCGGGAAUUAUUGCAUCUCAACAACUGCUUCACAUACACUGUAAUGCUACAAACUUUUUGAUAAUUGGUAACGCUCGGCUUUCAUGAGAAACCUGGAUUCAACGCUGAAACAUCUAUUUUGCAAUAAGAACCGUAUUUUUUGGACAUUUUAAGUUAAUUGUUUUCUGUAUAAACUGUCCCGGCAUAUUUGACAAUGGGUUGUGUCUGUUCGCGCUGACACUUGCAUGUGUUUUCCAAACUAAACAUAAAUGGUUUACAAAUCAUUGAAGUAUUAGUAACUGGUUAACGUGGAUAAGGAAUGGAAUAUGGCUACAUCGGAGAUGAUGCUGAGUCUUGGACUAAUUGAGAAAGAUGUAAAUGCAGACACGCUUUGGGUUUGGUGUUAUCCUUCCAUCAGUGCUGAUCUGCGAGAGGUUCUGUUGAGAAAAUGUUGCCUGCCGUUGAAUAAUCAGGUACUGCACAAAUUUGUGUUUGGACAAUACUGCCGAACCUGGUACUACAUCACCACUGUCGAGGUUCAGGAGCCAACUGCACUUAAAAAGGUGACACAUUUCUCAGUAGUUAUCACAGCUAAGGACUUCAACCCUGAAAAAUAUGCUGCAUUCAGUAGAGUUCUGUGUAGGACAUAUAUCAAACAUGGAAGUCCUGUGAAGAUGAUGGAAUGCUACAUCGCUGUUCUGACCGAAGGGAUAUGCCAGAGUGAUGAGAAUGGCUCCUUCCUUAUCAAAGAUUACGACGUCAGAAAGGCCUACCUGGCUGGAUCCUUAAAAGAUGUUGUGUCACAAUUUGGUAUGGAGACCAUCAUCCUUUAUACAGCACUAAUGUUGAAAAAAAGAGUAGUGGUCUAUCACCCACGUAUUGAGGCGCUGCUGGAGUUCACAAGAGCUCUUCCUGGACUGGUAUGGCAUAGAAAAGACUGGUCCAUCCUCCACCCUUUUGUUCACUUGGAUGAUAAUGAGCUGGAAAACCUGAAGCUGUGUACAGGAUAUGUUGCAGGGUUUGUCGAUCCUGAAGUCAGAGACAGAUCAGAUCUGUUUGAUGUGUAUGUUAAUCUUCCAGACAGUGAAAUCACUGUGUCACAAAAUGCCAAAGAGGCAAUGGCUAUGGGAAAACUCCAUAAAGAGAUUGGCAACUUCAUUGUCCAGGCUGCAGAGGACACCGAUCGCAUAGAUGCACAGGUUAUUAAGGAUAUUUCAGUAAAAACUAAGGAGAUCCUCAGUAACCUGAUGUCUCUUGCUGCUGAAGCAGAGAACUCUAAGUUGACUUUGGAGACCCUGAAGCAGCGGCACUACCCUCCAGCGACUGAGAACUUCCUCUUUCACUUAGCUGCAGCUGAGCAACUCCUAAAGAUCUGACCAAUCAGUGCAUCUCGUCCAACUGGCAUGCCUCACAGUAACUGAUCAGAGAGGAACUUACCAUUCAUUGUGGAAUCAUAAAAUUAACUGUAACAUUUGAAAGAAUCUGUGUCUAAUUUCAGGUGUUCUGAACAGGGCAAAAGUUAUAUAAGAACAUAAAGAUUUCUUAGAAAGAUAUAUAAAAUACAGCUAUAACGUGAUAGCUACACCUCAUGGGUGUAAUUAUGUUGAAUGUAACAUUUCUAAGUGAUAACAGGUUUGAGAUAAAUAAUUCAUAAUCAAACCUUUUGGUAACACUUGGAUUUAUAUGCUGUCCUCUGUAAGCAUUCCUGAGGUAUCUAAUUAUUAAGUUGUUCAUAACCUUAAUUUGGCAUGCUCUUUGAACUUUUAUAAGAUUUCAUCAUUGCACAUCAAUGUGAAAGGGCUGACGGUUGCCUAGUUCAUGCCUAAUUAAAAGACAUUUGUUAUGCUGUAAAAUAAUAAUACCGUUAUGUUAAUUGUUCAGUGAAAACUAAAAUACAGUUGCUCUAAUGAGGGUCCCAUUAAAUUCAGAAUGUAAAUAAAUGAAAAACUGAAAAUCAGUUUUACUUAACUGUUGAGUGCCAAAACCUCAGCUUAAAGUUAUGAUGUUAAUUAACAACCUGUAUGUCUAUUGAUUUAAGACAUCUUUUUAUCAUUAUAUGUUCAAAUGACAAAAGACAUUCCCCAUGUUAGAUGGAACUAUGUUCCCACAUUUUGCAUUCCUAGUUAUUGCACAUAUUAUUGAUUUUGACAUUACUUUAUACAUGUUUGAUUAAUCUCCUUAUUAAUUUGACAGCCCCUUGUUAUCAAUGGCUAUCCUCCGUGCCUAAACAGAUCAUAGAUGAUAUUCUGAUCAUAUGUGUGCAAUAUAUCCUGAAAGAAGAGGAUGUUCAAACUGUAUUCUCUGAUUUCUUAAACACUGUCCUCAUCCUUUACAUAGUCAUAGAAACUUUGCUAAAUGUCUGUGACCAUUAAAUGUAUAUAAAAAAAAUUAUAUGUGAGUGGCAACAAAAAUUUUAUUGACACUUACAGAUUUGGUAAAUCCACUUCAACGCAGUGUUUAAAACCCCUUUUCAGCCUGAAAUGCAGCUAUU